ACAAGCCUGUCUUUGAGCUAAGCCCUCCUCCCCCCAGCUCAGCCAACUAAUGACUUUGAUUCCUCCUUUUUGUACUUUUCUGCAGACGGAAGACAGGCUGAGGACCAGAAAGUCAUCCCACAAAUCCCUUCUGUUGAUCUUCAUCAAACUGCCCUCUUAUAAAUAUGUGUGAAAGCAACUUAUCAAGCUUCCCCUGCUCUACACAUCGUGGACUUGUGAUUUCCGAUACAUGGCCUGGAUAUAACUUGGAUGUAUUUUCGUUACCGAACCAUUACUGUGAAGAUUUGGAAUGUGUAUAUAUUCCGCAUGGUGUGAUAGUGGACAGGAUAGAACGCUUAGCUAGUGAUAUAAUGAAAGACAUCGGAGAUAAUCAUAUUACAGUCUUAUGUGUGCUUAAAGGAGGAUACAAGUUCUGCGCUGAUCUAGUUGAACACAUCAAGAAUCUCAGUCGAAAUUCAGAAAGGUUUAUUUCCAUGAGAGUAGACUUCAUCAGGCUCAGAAGCUACUGUAAUGACAAAUCCACAGAAGAUCUGCAAAUUAUUGGAGAAGAGGAGCUGUCAAAGCUGACUGGGAAGAAUGUACUUAUUGUAGAGGAUGUUAUUGGAACUGGUAGGACGAUGAAGGCUUUGCUUAGUCACAUUGAGAACUACAAUCCAAAAAUGGUAAAAGUGGCAAGCUUGCUUGUGAAAAGGUCUGCUGGAAACAACACCUAUAGCCCUGACUAUACCGGAUUUGAAAUUCCUAACAUAUUUGUGGUGGGAUAUGCUUUAGAUUACAACGAACACUUUCGAGAUCUUCAUCACAUAUGUGUCAUCAGUGAUAAAGGCAAAGAGAAAUAUAAAGUGUGACAAAAUGAACUUAUAACCUACGUUUUUUAGAAGACACAGACUGUUACCAUAAAAUGUGAAUGGCAUUAAAACUUAUUAUUUUUGCAAAAAAAA